GGGAGCCGUGCCAUCUAUUACCAAAAGUUACCUGAGAGCAUUUUGGAAAAUGUUAUUGCUGGCAGCAGUUUAUCGUUUGAUUGGUGAUCUGUUAGCAUUUGUUGGACCUGUUUCUGUAGAAUAUAUCGUAGAUUAUGCAUAUGAUAUUAGAGAGAUCAUAAGUAACCCCAAUUCUACAAUGAAAAGGGUAUCACCACAUGUAAAAGUUAGUGAGUUCAUUUGGAAUGGUUACGUAUUAACUGUUAUCAUGUUCCUAGCAUUAGUUAUACAGAAUACAUUAUUACAGAAUCAUCAUUAUCUAGUAAUUAGAGAGGGUAUACGACUAAGAACAGCUGUUCAGAAUAUGGUAUAUGAUAAAGCGUUAAAGAUGUCUACGUUAGUAUUAAGUGGUGGAAAGAUGACUGUAGGACAGAUUAUAAAUCAUCUAGCUGUAGAUUCUUUAUUUCUUAUGUUAUUAUUCUUCUUUAUACAUUAUCUAUGGGCAAUACCUAUACAGGUAAUAUUAGCGUUAGGAUUUCUAUAUUAUAAACUAGGUAUUAGUGCAUUGAUAGGAGGAUCAGUAGUUAUAUUGGCGGCACCUAUCAUGUAUGGACUGGGGCUGGCUAUGUCCAAGCUACAAAAACGGGUUAUGAGACAAUCUGAUAUACGAGUAAAGAUGGUAAAUGAAUUAAUACACUGUAUCCGAGGUGUUAAAUUAUUAGCAUGGGAAAAAACAUUUGUAAAUAAAAUAGAGGAUGCAAGAAAAACAGAAAUUGGUUAUCUCUACCCACAAUCCUGUGUUCGUGGACUCAUGGGUUUUGUUGGUAUGGCAACACCAGCUAUUGGAGCUAUGGUGACAUUUUUGUCCUAUCCAUACAUUGAGAAUGAACCUCUUUCUGCUGGUAAAGCUCUGUCAGCUUUGGCUCUGUUUAAUCUACUGUCACAACCUCUUCAACUGUUGACAGUCUGCUCAAAUGCGAUAGCUAAUGCCAAGGUCAGCGCCAAACGUCUAAUACCAUUUCUUAUUGCCACAGAAGUUGAAGCUCAAGAAGAACCUGAUAAAAAAAGUGUUGCUGUUGAAACAGAAAAUGAGGUAGAUAUCGUACUAGAAGACAUGUCAACAGAUGAUACAGCUCAUGGAUUAUUGGGCAAGAAAAGCGUGCUGAAUGAUGAUAGAUAUGGUAGCCAUAGUACAGUAGAAUCACGAACCCCUACCCAUAGUCGUCAAAACAGCGGGGCUUCAAUUUUUGAAAUGUUUGAUAACAAACGUCAUAGUUUGGGUCGUAACUCCAGUGAUCACUAUCUUGAUGUUAAGCAUGCUCCUUUGGCAAGAAAAUCCAGUGCCCCUUCACUAGGCUAUGGUGAAAAUAAUGAUAAUAAAAUGAGGCGCCGUCAUCACAGUGGGGUGUCAACAGAAGAUGAAGAUGAGGGAACAGAAGAAAUUUUAUUAAUAGAACCAAGACUAGUACUAGAAAUAGCAGACAGCAAUUUUUCGUGGAAUUUGGAAUCAAAAACAGCAUAUUUGUCUGACAUUAACAUCAAAAUAAGAGCAGGUAAAUUAACAGCUAUUGUUGGACCUGUGGGUAGUGGUAAGUCUUCGUUGAUAGCAGCAAUGUUAGGAGAAAUGGUGAAGUUAUCAGGACAUGUAGAAUGGGCAAGAGAUAGUAAUAUAGCUUAUUGUGCUCAGUCACCAUGGUUGUUACAUGCUACUAUUAGAGAUAAUAUUACAUUUGGUCAACCGUACAUCUGGAGAAAAUAUCGUAAAGUUUUACAUGCUUGUAGUUUAAAUCAUGAUAUAGAAUCAUUCCCUGCUGGUGAUUUAACAGAAAUAGGUGAAAAGGGUAUAACAUUAUCUGGAGGACAAAAACAACGUGUAAGUCUAGCUAGAGCUCUUUAUUCUGAAGCUGAAAUUGUCAUACUGGACAGUCCUCUGUCAGGGUUAGAUGCACAUGUAUCUCGACAUGUAUUUGAUGAAGCCAUUUUGAAUCGUUUAAUACGUCGUAAGCGUACUGUUAUACUUGUUACUCACCAUUUACAGUAUUUAAGUUAUGCUAAUCAGGUUAUUGUAAUGAAAGAAGGUCGAGUGCAACUCCAGAGUAGAGUAAGUGAAGUAAAGAAAAUUAAUCUAGAGUUGUACGAAUCGUGGAGAAAAGCAAUAAAAGAAGCAAAAGUAUCAGAAAUAAGACACAAACUAAAAGAAUCUGUUGAAGAAGACAUAGAAAGAAGACAAAGUACUGGAACAUUAUCAAAUGAUGGUAAAUCGCAGACAUUAUGUCCACCAGCCAUGAGUAGACAAGUAUCACAGAUGUCCGUAAUGACAGAAGCUACAAAUGAAAAUGAAUCGGGUUCAGAUGAAGAUAAGGGUGAUGGUGAUAAAAUGGUGAAUGGUAUAAAAGAGAAUGAGAAGGGACUUCUAGUAAAGAAAGAACAUAAAGAAACAGGAGCUGUUCGUGCUAGUGUUUAUUUGAGUUAUUUAAAAGCAUGUACCAUAACAAUGUGUAUUUUAUCACUAGUAUUGAGUCUUCUAUAUCAUGGUAUUCUUGUUGGUUCCAACUUUUGGCUAAGUGUGUGGUCAAGUGAAGGUGAAUUACAUCGAAUAAAAUCAUCAAAAUAUUCUGGUACAAAUAAUACCAAUAUAACGCAUUUUGAUAAUGGUCCAUAUGUAAAAUUAUAUGCUGCAUUAUCAAUGAGUUCUAUUGGUGUUGCCUUGAUCUCAACAUUAGUAUUACAUUAUGCAUGCUUGUUUGGAGCUAGAGUAUUAUAUAAUGGCAUGUUACAGAAUGUUGUCAGUUUGCCAAUUAGGUUUUUUGAUACCAAUCCCAGUGGUAGAGUUUUAAACCGAUUUUCUGGUGAUGUUACAAAUAUUGAUCAGAAAUUAGCAGCUAAUAUUGAAGGAGUAUUAAGAACAUUGUUAUAUACUUUCUCUGCUAUUGUUGUCAAUUCUAUUGCCACACCGUAUUUCCUGUUAGCUGCCAUUCCAUUAAUAUUUCUAUAUUAUUGUCUUCAACGUUUCUUUAGAAGUUCAGCUCGAGAACUUCAACGAUUAGAUAGUGUUUCAAAGUCACCCAUUUUUGCUCAUUUUUCUGAAACUUUAUCUGGCCUUCAAACUAUUCGAGCAUACAAAGCUCAAGGGGAAUUUCAACAACGCGCUAUGACUUCAAUAGAUCAUAACGUUAUACCAUUUCUAUUUUUACAUACAACUAAUAGAUGGCUUGGUAUCAGAUUAGAUUAUUUAGGCUGUUUACUUGUGUUUGUAUCUUCUAUAGCCAGUUUGACAUCAGGUAUACUAGGAAAUACCAAUCCAGCAUUUAUAGGUUUAUCUAUUACCUAUUCAUUAUUGAUGUCAGGUUUAUUAAACUGGAUAGUACGUACAUCAGCUGAAGUAGAAAUGGCUAUGAAUGCUGUAGAAAGAGUUUUAGAAUAUACAGAAAUACCCACAGAAUUUAAAGAUGAAGAUAAAUGUAAGAGUAUGGAGAAUAACUGGCCAGAUAAAGGCUGUAUAGAAUAUAAAGAUGUUACAUUAACUUAUGAUAUUACAUUAGAACCAGUUGUUAAAAAUAUCAACUUAAUUAUUGAAGCAUCACAAAAGGUUGGUAUUUGUGGAAGAACUGGAAGUGGUAAAUCAUCUCUAACACUGGCUUUAUUCCGUGCAUUAGAAAUAGCUAAAGGUCAAAUCUUAAUAGAUGGACUAGAUAUACGAGAUGUUCAUUUAAAUGAUCUGAGGUCAAGGUUAUCUAUAAUAUCUCAAGAUCCAGUUUUAUUUAAUGGUUCAGUCAGGUAUUGUAAAAUUUAACAGUUGAAAAUUGGUUGGUUAACUAUGUGGGUGCUCGAUUGUCAGUCCGGAACGUCCCGAAUUGACAGAAUCGCAAUCAAGUGAUACGGAAUUAAGUCCUGUCACAGUUCUGCCAGUCCCAACAGCUGAGGUGGUGUGAGUAGAAUCGUGACGUAUUUUAAAUAGCAAAUAUGUUUCAGCUGCCAUGAUUGGUUGAGAUAUUUUUUGUGCAGUCGGCACAUGCGUUGUAUUCCGAAAUUCUCCUGUUCACUCGAUUGACACUAUUUUUGGGAUUGAGAGAAUUCAAUUCCGGAACGUUCAAUCGAGCAUCCCCUAUGUGCUUUGGGCUUAUGGAGAC